UAAAUAUUCUCACUCCUGUUAGUAAUCAUGAAAACCAAAAUUCGAAGCAUCCAAAAUCCCUCUCAAUAAAGAUCCCAAAAGCUGAUUGCUUUGGGCAAUUCUACAAAUGGCUGAGAUUGUAGAAGCAGAUAAUUACGAAGCCAUAAUCACCAGAAUCGAGCACAAGUCCCGCAAGAUCGAAAGCUUACUCAAACAGUAUAAACCAGUGGAAGCUCUGAAAACAGCUCUAGAAGGAUCACCUCCCAAGACCAAGGAUGAAAGAUGCAAGUCUGCUAAUUGGAUAGUGGUGCAUAGGGCUAUAAUGGCUAUCAAGGAUAUGGAUAGCUUGUUCUCUGCAUUGGAUCCUGAGUACUAUGAUAUUCUCAUGAAGUACUUGUACAGAGGUUUGUCUACUGGAGACCGCCCAACAUGUGACCAAUGCCUAAGGAUCCAUGAAAAACUAACAGAAAAAGCUGGUUUGGGAUGCAUACUGCGUUGUCUUGCUGACACUGUGAAUACUGUGUGACUAAUAGCAGUUUAUUAGAGCUGGAUGAACACAAUACUGUAGCAAUUUAUUGGGGGGGGGGGGGGGGAAGUCAUCACUAGUGAUGAAUGUUGACUUUGGAAGUGUACCUGUAUAUAUCAUUCUGAUGAAUAUUGAUGUUGAGAUUGAGUUUAGCUUAUUCAAAGGGCUGCUUCCUCUGCUUUA